AUGGCUGUCACCGGCUUCAUUCACCACUUUGGUACCUUUUUGCUCCUUGUAGCAACGAUCCUUCUGGUUAUCACCAGCAUCUCUGCUCCAGUGGUGCACAACAUCUCACUCUUGACCGUCAAGUUGGGCGACACUUCCGCCGGCAAUGAGAUCACAUUUGGUACCUUUGGAUACUGCGUCCGUGGUGGCUCUGACUAUGGCUCCGACCAGUGCAGCCGUUCCAGGAUCGGUUACUCACCCACCGAUAUCAUCGCCGAGGCCGAUGCCACCCAGUAUUCCAACCUAUCCUCCAACGUCGCCGAGGGCUUGACCCGGGUCAUGGUUCUCCACCCCGUCGCCGCAGGCGUCUCCUUCAUCGCCUUCAUCCUCUCCGUCGGCGCCGGCAUGUUUGGCUCCCUCUUCGCUGCCCUCGUCUCCGGCGUUGCCUUCAUCAUCACUAUCGUCGCCCUCAUCUGCGACUGGGUCAUGUUCGCCGUCGUCCGCCGCAAUGUCAACAGGGAUGGCAACGGCAGCUCCGCUCACUACGAUGUCGCUCUCUGGACCCUCCUGGCCGCAGCCAUCUGCCUGCUCCUCGGCACUGUCAUCGUCUUCUUCACCUGCUGCAGCGGCCGUCUUCAUAAGCGCCGCCAGCAGCGUUCCAAGGUUGACAACUACUCCCCUCCUGCCACCCAUACCACCUACCGCCGUCGCCACUUCUGGCAGCGCAGCAGCCGCUACUAG